AGCAUCCGCAGCCCCGGCUCCCUUGUGCGGCUGCGGGGAGGGGCCGCGGCGGCUUCCCCUUGGCUCUCAGCACCGACCGCAGGAAGGCGCGGCUGGGGCGGGGAGGGGACGGAACCGGAGGAAGGAGCGGAGCCUCCCCCUGGGGUGGGCAGCGCAACGCAGCUCCGCUCGGCUGCCGGCCCAUGCCUCGGCGUGUGCAGUGAGCGCGGAGGGAGGGAGCCGCGGCGGCGGCGGGCGGACGGACGGGCCAUGUCGGAGGCGGAGAGCGGGGCUGCAGAUGCAGUUUCCACAUCUGCUUACUCAUCACCAGCCAAAAGUUUGGGAGACCCUGGAAUCACUCCAUUGUCUCCAUCACAUAUUGCGAAGGACUCUGAUGCAGAUGAUGCUGUAGAACAGUUAUUUCUUGUUGUUGUGGCUAUUGAUUUUGGCACAACAUCCAGUGGCUACGCCUACAGCUUCACCAAGGAACCAGAAUGUAUUCAUGUAAUGAGGCGAUGGGAAGGUGGGGAUCCAGGCGUAUCCAAUCAGAAGACACCUACCACUAUCCUCCUAACACCAGAGAGGAAGUUUCAUAGCUUUGGGUAUGCAGCAAGAGAUUUCUACCAUGACUUGGAUCCCACUGAAUCAAAGCACUGGUUGUAUUUUGAAAAGUUUAAGAUGAAGCUACAUACCACUGGUAAUCUUACCAUGGAGACAGACCUGACAGCUGCAAAUGGCAAAAAAGUCAAAGCACUUGAGAUAUUUGCUUACGCUCUGCAAUACUUUAAGGAACAGGCAUUAAAGGAGCUCAGUGACCAAGGAGGCUCAGACUUUGAAAACACUGAAGUAAGAUGGGUCAUUACAGUGCCUGCUAUUUGGAAGCAGCCUGCAAAGCAGUUUAUGAGACAAGCCGCCUACAAGGCAGGAAUGGCGUCUCCUGAAAAUCCCGAGCAGUUGAUCAUUGCCCUGGAACCUGAGGCUGCCUCUAUCUACUGCCGAAAGCUCCGCCUGCACCAGAUGAUAGACCUGAGUAGCAGGGCUCCUGUCAAUGGUUACAGCCCAAGUGACGCUAUUGGAACUGGAUUUACACAGGCGAAGGAACACAUCCGUCGCAAUCGACAGAGCCGGACCUUUAUGGUGGAAAAUGUCAUAGGAGAGAUCUGGUCUGAACUGGAGGAAGGUGACCGUUACAUCGUUGUUGACAGUGGAGGAGGCACAGUGGAUAUAACUGUCCAUCAGAUCAGGCUCCCUGAAGGACAUCUUAAGGAGCUAUACAAAGCAACAGGUGGCCCAUAUGGUUCUCUAGGCGUGGACUAUGAAUUUGAAAAGCUCCUGUGUAAAAUAUUUGGAGAAGAUUUUAUUGAGCAAUUUAAAAUCAAGCGUCCUGCUGCCUGGGUAGAUCUGAUGAUAGCGUUUGAGUCCCGUAAACGGGCAGCAGCUCCAGAUAGGACCAAUCCACUAAACAUCACUCUGCCUUUCUCCUUCAUUGAUUAUUACAAGAAGUUUCGAGGUCACAGUGUCGAACAUGCCUUGAGGAAAAGCAAUGUGGACUUUGUGAAGUGGUCCUCCCAGGGAAUGCUGAGGAUGAGUCCGGAUGCAAUGAAUGCUCUUUUCAAACCUACAAUUGACCAGAUCGUUCAGCACCUUAGUGAUGUGUUUGAUAAGCCAGAAGUGACCAAUGUCAAGUUUCUGUUCCUGGUGGGUGGCUUCGCUGAAUCCCCCUUACUCCAACAAGCUGUCCAGAGUGCUUUUGGUUCGAGAUGUCGAGUCAUCAUUCCUCAGGAUGUGGGGCUCACCAUCCUCAAAGGAGCUGUUCUCUUUGGUCUAGACCCUGCUGUCAUCAAAGUGCGGCGUUCACCUCUCACCUACGGUGUAGGUGUGCUUAACCGCUUUGUGGAAGGGAAGCAUCCACCAGAGAAGCUUCUAGUCAAAGAUGGCACACGCUGGUGCACUGAUGUCUUUGACAAGUUUAUCUCAGCCGACCAAUCUGUAGCCCUUGGAGAAACUGUGACACGCAGUUACACACCUGCCAAACCUUCUCAGUUAGUAAUAGUGAUCAAUAUCUAUAGCUCAGAACAAGAUAAUGUUAGCUUCAUCACUGAAUCUGGAGUGAAAAAGUGUGGCACCCUUCGCUUGGAUCUCACGGGAACUGAUGCUUCAGUGCCAAACCGGCGGGAGAUCAAAACGCUUAUGCAGUUUGGGGACACUGAAAUCAAAGCCAUGGCCAUUGAUGUUGCCACCUCUAAAAGUGUCAAAGUUGGUAUUGAUUUCUUAAACUACUAACAGCCCAUUUUCCCCCACCACAGCCUGUUUGUGAGACUGAUCUUCCACUAUCCCAAUUUUUUGACUUUCAUAUGUCAUGUCAUCAACUUGAAUUUCAGCAGGCUAUAUGAGAACAGCUUCUAAGGUGGGGUAUGUCAUGUUUGUGCCCUUUGACCAAAGGCUGGGUUUUGAAAGACCCAUAAAAGUUUUGGGAGCAAAAGUUUCAGAGGUAGUAAAAGUUCCCAAGUUACUCAAGCAUGCUUAAAGACCUACCUUUAUUAAGUAAAUACUGAUUAUUGUUGGCUCCUGAUGAUUAGUUAAAAAGAUAUAAAACCAUAAUCUCUUUGCCUUGUUAUUCCUCUUUCUCCCAAGAAAAGCUCACCCUGGUUGUUGUAGGGGGUGUAUCCGUGUGGGGUAUCUCUGUAAACAGCACCAUCCUCUGGCAAUGGGAACAAAUUAGUAGUCCGUGGUGUUCUUUUGAUUUUGCCCUAUGCUUUUAAUAUUUUAAGUGCUGAAAAUCAAUGACUUAAAGAAAUGAGAACUGAGUUUCUUAAAUUCUAAGAUCAUAUGGAGAAGAAGAUUCUCAGAAAUCCUUAAAAUUAGCUUUAGGAAAUAGAGAUAUACAUUAAGAGCCUAAUAGUGAUUGCUCCAGUUUGAAAACAAGGCCUUUCUUGGCAAAGCUGUCAGAAUAAGCUGUUGGAUUAAAUAGGAAGCAUUACCCUCAAUAUACUUUGAAAAAGGAAUAACAAAGCUAUUUCCAUUUUAGGUCUUCUAAACUUAUUUUUAUUAGUCUCCAUCUGUGAUCAUAAAAUCACAGAAUAGCUGAGGUUGGAGAGGACAUCCAUUGACUGUCUGGUCCAAACUCUUAGCUUUAAGCAGUGUCAGCUAGAGCAGGAUGCUUUGUCCAGUUCUGAAUAUCUCCAAAGAUGGAGAUGCCUGAACUCUGGGCAACCUGUUGACAACCCUCAAUGUGAAAGAGUUUUUCUUAUUUUUAAACAGAAUUUCUUGUGUUUCAGUUUGUGCCCUUUGCUUCUUGUUCCUUCACUGGAAACCUCUGAGAAGUCUGUCUCUAUCCUCUUUACUGUCUUCUUAGGCAUUUAUAUACAUUCCUAGCAUCUCUUGAGCCUUCUCAAGUCUGGAGAGUGUCAGCUCUCUUGGCCUCUCUUCACAUCACAGAUAUUCCAAUUCCUUAAUCAUCUUCAUGACCCUUUGCUGGUCUCACUUCAGUAUGUCCAUGUCUCCCUUGUACUAAGAAGCACAGAACUGGAUCUGGCACUCCAGAUGUGGUUUCAUCAGGGCUGGAUAAAGGGGAAUAAUCACCUUCCUUGACCUGCUGGCAAUGCUUUCCCUAAU